AUGGCAAGCCUUUCGGAUGAAACACUGCGCAAAAUCUUAGUCCAGAUUCAACAAACCGCUGUACAAUCGCAGAAAGCUCUGAAUGUCUCCCGACAGCAGAUCGCGGCGAAGGAACGAGAGCGUCGCAUCUUGCAGCUCACCAUUGACGAGAUCACAUCUUUGAAGGGUGACGUGAAUCUCUACAAAGGUGUCGGGAAAAUGUUCAUGAUGGUUCCGCGUCCAACAAUGGAGAAAGAAUUGAAAGUAGAAGAAAAAGAGUUGACGGACGACAUUACCAAUUUAAUGAAGAAGUCCAAAUACCUUGAGAAGCAGUUCGAUGAAGCGCAAGGUCAACUGCGCGAUAUUGUACGCCCGUCAUCUACUCAUUACAUGCAGCGUGUUAACACAUUGUCUUAA